GGGACGUCAUCCAGUCCCACAGUCAAUCCAAGAUGGCGUCUACCACAACGAAAACACGAGCCGGUGUCAGAACCGGGGCUCCGUCCUUUCUCCAGAUAAUACUAGUCGUGGUCAUAGUUGUAUUGUUAUAUAGCUACUGGAGUGUUUCUUCUAGAAACAGCAAACUCUUGAGAGAUCAUGUUAUGCUGCAACAAAAAAUUCGAAGUUUGGCUGGCAAGAAAAUCAGCAUAGAGAAGAAAUCGGCGACAUUGUUAAGCCAAAUUACAGAUCUUUCAAGCGAAAAGGAAAAGUUUGAAUCGGCUGCUAAAGAGGUUGAAGGGAAGAAAAGUGUCCUUGAGAAAAAGGUUAAGAGUAUGGAAAUUGAAGUUCGACAACAAAACGCGAAACUCACGGGGUUGCAGAAAGAAGGGGGAAAAUACAAGACUGAAGUUUCCCUGCUUCGUCAAAGUAUUAACCAUACGUCAUCAAAGCUUGACAUUAUGCAAGGAAAAGCUAAGAAACUCAUGGAAGGAUACAAGUCACUUAAAAACAAUUAUCAAGAAUUGCUGAAAAAAAUGAAUGAAACAAUCAAAGAAAGAGAUGAGUGCUAUAAAAAACUAUCAUCACAGAGACCAGUAUCGGCACAAGAUAGGAGCGUUAAGAAAACAAUACAACCUGAAUCCCAAGAAAAUGCAAGAAAUAAGGUCCCCCAACAGACCCAGAAUAAUCUACAAGGCCAAUUAGCUAAUAAUGCCAGCAAUGAUGUUGUUAAAGCCAACCAGACAAUUGCAAUAACACCAACAAACAAAUCACAGACAGCAAGUCCAGUCACCCAGGCUAAACCAACAUCGCCUACGACAGAGGCAGAUAGUGAUGUUCAGAAUGGAGAUGCAAAGUCAGCCCAACUAGUAAAUAAACCUGAUAAUGCCAAGAAACAAGAGAGUGAAGUUGAGCAGAAGAUCACAGGAAAGAAGAAGACAAUAGGUGACUUGGAGAACACUGUGGAACAAGAAGACAUGGAUCACAAUGAAGAGAAAAAGAAGACCAUUGAAGACCUGGAUGAUACACAUAACAAAGGACUAGAGGUUAAAGAAGAUGGCGAGGAUGCAGAUGGUAGAGAUAGUAAGAUCAAUGAGGUUAAAUCCCAGGAAAAUAUUGAAGGAGUUAAGCCACAACCCCUAAAGAUAAAGCCUCUAAGAUUCCAGAGCUUAUCACGACAAGGGAUAAUGAAUGAAAAGGUGUUGCAGAAACAGAACAGGGAGCGUGGACUGCGCCAGCAACCAAAGCGUGGUAACUGAGUUACAUAGCAGCAUUGUCAGCAAGUCAAAAAUCACAGGUGGACAAGAGCAUAACAGCAACUGAUGCUUGGAUAGUCUAGAUAGAAACAGUAUCUGCUAUGUUUUUUCAACCUUGUCCUAGAGCUGCUGUUGAACUAAAGUAGUAAAGAGCCUCAGGAUCUGCUGUCUGGUUGGAUUGUCAAUGACAGAGAGAUAUUUAAGGCUGUGAAAUCAUUUUAUUGUUCUACAUAAGAGAGUUGUACAAGUCUUGAGCAGCUAAUUGAAUAGUAAAAUGUACUGUAGAUACCUGAUAUUAGCUAAGUGUUUUAGAAAUCAGAACUAGUAAGAAAAAAGGCAAUUGUCACAAGAACAAAACAUGCUUGAAAAUCUUAGUUACAAAACAUCCCUGUUUAGAACAUUAUGUUCUGCUCAGAGAAAUAAGGUAUUGUUCUUAUAACAUGAACGUCAACUAACUUUAACAACUUCCCUGGUUUUGUAUAUAUUUUCUAAUGUCAAGCUUGCUGUUUCAAAAAAACAAGCAGACAAAAUCUCUAGAUUUUGCUUUGUGGAUUUUGGUGGGGAAAAAAGCCUGCAUACUUAAAAUAUGAAAAGGGAAUACAGAAAAAAAGAGCGGGCAAAGACCAGAAAACAGCUGGCUAUCGCCGCCAGCCGACACUGCUAUUUUAAACCCUGCAUAUUAUUUAUGUUUUUCUAGAGCUUGGGUUUGUUAAAAAUAUUUAAAUUUAUAGUCUCUUGCACAGGAUGUUUCACAAUUUAUAGUGGCCCAGUUCUGGUCACUGUGAAAUAGACAUAUAUGCAAUUUUUUUGUAUAAUGUUCUUGUCUUUCUAGAAAUCAAUCAUUAAAUGUCAUGUAAAUUAAA